AUGGUCGAAUCAAAUAAUAAUAAUAAUGAUGUUCCACCAACACCAGAUAUUCAACAACAACAUGAUCACGAUGUUGAUCAUGAUGAAAGGAAAUAUCAUAAUCAGAAUAGUAUAGAGAGUAUAGAGUUGGAUAUAUUAUCAUCAUCACCAAAUAAGAAUAACGAUCAUGAAUGCAACGACGAAGAAUACCAAGACGACUUGGAUAUAGGUGCAGACGAAAUCGAAUCAACAACAUAUUAUCAUCCAGAUGGAAAGAAGAAAUCAUCAUCUCGCUAUUGCCAACUUAUUAAACCAAGUGACAAAGAGUCUGAGACCGACCAAACCGUGCUGAUACCAAAUGAGAACAAAGGCUUUAGUAUCAAGAAACUAUUCAGCUUCCUUGGACCGGCAGUCUUUGUUUCAAUUGGGUACAUGGACCCAGGCAACUGGGCGACAGACUUGGAGGGAGGUAGUAGAUUUGGAUACCAACUGGUAUGGGUAUUGCUUAUGAGUAAUAUUAUGGCCAUGUUGUUACAGAUACUUUCGUUUAAGAUUGCGUUGGUCACGAAGAAGGACUUGGCUCAGAUGUGUGGAUCAGAAUUCCCAAAGGCUAUCAAGUAUGUGUUGUGGGUCAUCAUUGAGAUUGCAAUCACAUCGACAGACUUGGCCGAGGUCAUUGGUACGGCCGUAGCACUGCAGAUUCUGUUUGGAAUACCAUUGAUUGCUGGAGUCCUCAUCACUGCCCUGGACACACUGCUCUUCCUACUCAUUCAGCGAUGGGGCAUUCGCAAGCUCGAGUUCAUCGUACUCGGACUACUCACAAUCAUUGCCUUUUGCUUCAUUGUCGAGUUGUUCAUGAGCAAGCCCAACGCAAAGGACGUGUUUAAAGGAUUCAUCCCAACGCUGUCCAAGGACAGUAUCAUGCCUGCCAUCGGUAUCAUUGGUGCGACGAUCAUGCCACACAAUCUAUUCCUACACAGUGGCGUUGUCAAGUCUCGCAAGAUUGGCAAAGACAAUGCAUCAGUCAGGCAAGCAUUCAAAUAUAACAUUAUCGAUACAGUGGUUGCCCUCAACACUGCAUUCUUUGUCAAUGCAUCGAUCAUCAUUUUGGCUGGUGCCGUCUUUUAUGAGAAUGGCGUGGAGGUAUCAGAUCUGAGCGAUGCUUAUAAGCUGUUGGAGAAUAUUAUGAACUCAAAGGUGGCAUCUAUAAUGUUUGGUGUUGGAUUGCUAUGUGCUGGACAGGCUUCAACCAUCACCGGUACAAUGGCAGGACAGAUUGUAAUGGAGGGAUUCAUACAGAUUAAGCUACCCCCUUGGGUACGGCGACUUGUCACUCGAUUGUUGGCCAUCAUCCCAGCAGUCAUUGUCAUUCUUGCAAUGGGUCCUAGUCAAGUGUACAACCUAUUGAUCAUCUCCCAAGUCAUCCUAUCAAUUGCCCUACCCUUCGCAAUCGUUCCACUUAUCAAGUUCACCUCUGAUCGAGAGAUCAUGGGUGAGUUUGUCAACAGGAUAUGGAUAACCGUUGCAGCAAUCAUAAUUGCAUUGAUAUUGAUUGGAUUGAACAUGAUGGCUAUUGUUCAGUUGAUUCAAGAACUGAUCGAGACGGGUUUGGUUGCAGCCAUCCUCACGUAUAUAUUUAUUGUGCCACUGGUUGUGGCGUUUGUACUGCUACUGGUAUGGGUCAUCUUUUACAAGCAGACUCCAACCAUUAUCAAGUUCAUCAAAUGUAGGGUCCUUGGGGGUGUUGGAACUUAUUAG